AGAAAAUGCGGAAAUUGACAUUGCGUUUGUUUUUGGGGAUCUUUAUUUUUUUGGUGGGGGAAGGCGAUGUCAAGGCAUAAAUAACACUACUCGUCAAACAAUGAACAAAUAACUUCACAAAAAAAUAAAUGUAUGAUUUCGCUUUAGCUACCAAAACAAGGCUUCAGGUUUUGUGCAUCACAGGAGAGAUGGCGUCAGUGAAAGACAGCAGUCAGACACUCCUGCUCAAUGUCAUCACGAAAGAUAAAGAGGAGGAAGUGAAGAUUUGGGAAUGUGACGAUUACCCAGGAGAGAGUCCAGAGAUGGCGUCAGAGAAGAUGGCAGACAGAAGUCAAACACUGGGGCUGAAUGUCACCAUUAACAGAGAGGAGAAGGAAGACGUUGGUGAAUCUGUUGAUCCUGGAGAGACGCCUAACUCCUCUGACCAAGUUGAGACAUUUCCUGCUUCAGUCAAGCAACGUCGGAAAGUGAGCAAAGUGAAGAAGCCUCACCGCUGUCCUCACUGUGAGAAGAGUUUCCCGUUCCUUUCAUAUCUUGAAAGACACGUGCGAAAACAUUCUGGAGAGAAGCCUUAUUCCUGUUCUGACUGUGGGAUGAGUUUCUCCCAACUGAGUGGCUUGAACGUGCACCAUCGAACGCACACUGGAGAGAAGCCUCACCGCUGUCCUCACUGUGAGGAGAGUUUCCCAUUCCCAUCAUAUCUUGAAAGACAUCUGCGGAAACAUUCUGGAGAGAAGCCUUAUUCCUGUUCUGACUGUGGGAUGAGUUUCUCCCAACUAAGUGGCUUGAACGUGCACCAUCGAACGCACACUGGAGAGAAGCCUCACCACUGUCCUCACUGUGAGAAGAGUUUCCCAUUCCCAUCAUAUCUUGAAAUACACCUGCGAAAACAUUCUGGAGAGAAACCGUACUCCUGCUCUGACUGUGGGAAAUGCUUCACAACAUCAAGUCAUCUAACCUCUCACCGGAGAACUCACACAGGGGAGAAGCCUUACUCCUGCUCUGACUGUGGGAAGAGUUUCCCAUUCCCAUCAUAUCUUGAAAGACACCUGCGGAAACAUUCUGGCGAGAAGCCUUACUGCUGCUCUGACUGCGGGAAAUGCUUCACCACAUCAAGCAAUCUAACGCUACAUCAGAGUGCACACAGGGGAGAAGCCUUGGAGCCAAUUUGAGUUCAAAAGAAUUGACCCAAAAAGAAAAAGAACAGAAAUGAAAAAAAUAAUUGGGAAGUAAUGCAUGGUGAAACUGAAAUGUAAAAAAACAAACAUAAUUAUCAAAAACAAAAAAGUGAAUUGUAUGAAAAAAAAUGUCAAAUUCAAACACAUUGAAAAUGAUUUUCAAAACAUUCAGUUGUUGUUUGCAUCCAAUCUUUAAAGUUCAUUUGGUCAAAUAACUUGUUUUCGCUCUUGACUUUUGUCCUUGCAAUGACAAUUUUAUUCCACCUUCAAGUCAUCUUUUCUCUCCUCCAAGUUUUGGUACUCUUGACCUGGAGGCAGGGUUAGAGGGGAUGGGCGUGUCUAAUGUUAGAGGGGAU